UAUAGAGCUGGAGCUGGAGCCCGGAGCCACGGUGGAGACAAGAGGCGACAUUCCGCCCCUAGGGGUCCUCUGCCCUCCGGACCUGUCAUGUCGUCGGUGUUUGGCAAACCCCGGGCUGGGAGCCUUGGUCCUGAGCGCCUAGUACACAGUUCCAUCCCAGAGGUUAACGUGGCCAUCCUGGGUUGCAGAGGAGCCGGGAAGUCUGCUUUGACCGUGAAGUUUCUGACCAAGCGGUUUAUCAGUGAAUAUGAUCCCAAUUUGGAAGACACCUAUACCUCAGAGGAGACUGUGAACCAACAACCAAUCCUGCUGAGAGUGAUGGACACUGCAGAUCAGGAUGGUCCCAGAAACUGUAAGCGCUACCUAAGCUGGGCCCAAGCCUUCCUCGUUGUCUACAGUAUCGAUGACAGGAGAAACUUCGAGGGUUGUAGCCAAUACCUGGAGAUCAUCGCACACCAUGCAAAGGAGACCCAGCACGACUACCCUGUGCUGCUUCUGGGGAACAAGCUGGACAUGGCCCAGUACCGGCAGGUCACCAAGUCAGAGGGCAUGACUCUGGCCAGCAAGUUUGGGUGUCUGUUCUAUGAGGUCUCUGCCUGCCUGGAUUUCGAGGCUGUGCAGCAUGUGUUCCAUGAAGCCGUCCGGGAGGUACGGAGGGAGCAGGAGAGGAGCGCACCCACCCGGCCCCUCUUCAUCUCUGAGGAAAGGUCCAUUUUCCAUCAGGCUCCUCUCACCGCCAAACACGGUCUGCCGAGUUGCACCUUCAACACCCUCUCAACUGUUAACUACAAGGAGAUGCCUACUGUGGCCCAGGCCAAGCUCGUGACUGUCAAGUCAUCCCGGGCCCAGAGCAAGCGCAAGGCUCCCACCUUGACCCUACUAAAAGGCUUCAAGAUCUUCUGAGACCCCUGCCAUCUACCCCCUACCCUGGGGGCACAACUGUGAGAGGCAGGAGGGGGCAGUAUGAGGGGCAGCAGUCCUGGGGGCCAUCAGUUCAGACUGUCAGGACAAGGCACUGAGCCCUUUCAGGCAGACCCUCCCCGACUGACUGGCUCCCACUCCCAGCCCACCCCCCAAUUUACUUCUGGAAUUAGAAUUUCAAGGUUGUGGGCACUGAGCUAGUUGAGCUUGACUGGGGCUGCUCCCCACAAAGCAGUCAGAGCCCCCUUGCCAGGAAGGCAGACUCUAUGUGUGUGCAUGCAUGUGUGUAUGUGUGUGUGUGCUCUUGUUCCUGCAAUCCAUGAAAUCCCCGUUUCCAAGGAGACGUAAGCACUGUGACCUUGGAGGACACCAGCGGGGGAGGGGGGAGGGGGGGGCUGGUGGAAGCAGAAGCUGAGGCAGCUCUCAGAGACACGCCCAGUGAAACUUGAGGACUCUGACUUAGUGGCAGAGUUCUAAAGCUCUGUACCUCCUCCCCAGCCCGGCCCCCACCCCACUUCCUGCCUCCCUCCCUAACUUCAGGAGUUACAGAGGCCUGAUGUGGUCCCUGAAAUACAACCUAUGGGGGAAACUUUGGACGUUGAGGGACAAUCCUGAGAACACAGAGACCCCUGGUGGAAGGAGAGGGAAGAGCAGCUGUUGAGUUUGGCCAGCCCCAUUGGGAGCAUUGGUUGGUGGGUCAGUGACCUUCAUGGUCCACACCCAUGAGGAAACAGUGCGGUGCCUGGCACAUUGUAGGUGCCUGCUUGAAAUACAGCGUGUGACCCUCCAUUUGGGGUCAAAAUAGACCUUCAAAGGUUGACUUGAAGAGAAAACAAGAACGCUCAUAGAGAUAACAUGUAAUCUGAAGAUCAUACAUGGGAGGAGGACAAGCCUUCACUUUUGCUCAGGUGAUGGUGGGAGAGUCUGCAGGCUGAUGGUAUAUGCGUAUUUGAAGCUCUGGUCUUUUUUUAAGCAUCUAUUUCCAAAGCCACCUCAUUCUUUUCCAUCCUUGAGUCACUCUCCAGACCACAAAGAGGAUCUUCCAAUAGCCUUUGUCAAGAUAGAGUCUCCUGCUGAAAUCAUACUAGACCCUCCCCCCCCCUCAAAAAAAAAAACCUUAAAGGAAAUAACAGCCAGAACUAAAAAUAAUGCAUCAGGGGCAGCUAGGUGGCACAGUGGAUAGAACAUUGGUCCUGUAUUCAGGAGGAUCUGAGUUCAAAUCCAGUCUCAGGCACUUGACACUUAACUA